CCUCUUUAGUUGACAAAUAAGCUGAAUGCACUCAUUUUGCGCUGAUACGCAAAAAUGUGGGAGAUUUAUUUAUGACGGGUCUGUGUGUAAAACAAAACUGUAUCAUGGAGGAGUUUAAUGUGUGAGUCACAUUGAAGUACAUAUAACAUAAUGUUAUCUUGUUAGUGAUAAGUGUGUGCAGCCUCUGCGAAGGGGAAGAAUUAAUAAAAACAAUUGUAGACGGAAAUUUAAAUAUUUGAUCAUUCUGUCUCCAGACCAUUCACACAGUUGGUGCACUUCUCGCUCAAGUUCUUCGGGAGGAAUUUUGUGAUCGUCAAUAGAGAAGUAAAUUACUAAUUCGUCAAUUGAGUGUGUAAGAAAAUCCACAUUUUUUUUUGCUGAUCAGACACAUAAUUUAUGAACACUUGUUCACGAUUCUCUGUGAGGGUGAGGAAUUAGGAGCUAUUUGUGGCACUGAUCAUUGUUUUGCUGUUGGCUAGUGAUAAUCGAGUUAUUGUUGAGUUAUUGGACCUUUACCGUGCGAUUAUCUGGCAAAUAAUGUGAGUUGAGUGUCCCAGGUACCCGGUUGCGAAAUAAUCAAUCUGCACGUGUAUUUGUACGCUGGGGCAUUGCAAGAAGGUAUUCUCCAGCACCAGUGUGAGCUGAAAAAAAGCGUGAAAUCUCAUGCGGAGUGGGAUAAAAUCCACUACACAAAAUCUCAUUACAUCACACGUUGAAUGUUAUGAAAUUUCUCUGACUGUGCUACUGCAUCUCCUACCUGAACAGCAAACACAGCAAGAGAAAUAUUUAUUUUUCCAUUUGGAAAAAAAUUAACUACAAAGUAGUCAACGUUAUCAGUGGAAUCUCACAUCAAACCACAUGAGACAUUUCUCGUGCUGAAAGUCUCUGGGGAAUGUCUCUCUCUGGACAGUGAAGAGCUAUCAGUCGUUAUCAGCUGUGCCAUAGCACUUCCAUUGGACCCACCGUGAUACCGACUAAAACCACAAAACGAGGGGAGGCUCUAUAAAAUCUCUAAUCACACACAGUGGUCAAUUCAUUUGCGAUUAUGACACCGUGAAUUCUCCCUCGUGUGCCUCGAAUCUCUUCACUUGUGUCUGUGGCCAAUAGUCCAGCAAGAGCUCUCGCCGUCACCGGAUUGACUUUCGCUUCUGAUCUCACGGACGAGUUUUGCUAACGAGAGUGGAAAGGGAAUUCCACGUAUCUGAGUGAAAAAUAUUAACCAAAAGGUAAUAUAGCCAGGCAGUCGCUUUCAAUUCUUCACGAGAGACACUGUGGAAGCUCCGCAAAGCUCCCGCACGUUUGCAAGAAAAAGAAAAAGAAACCCACCCAAAAGAAUUACAUUGCUGAGCGGGAAGAAUUCGUCGUGGUAGUUCUUGUGGAGUGAAUAAAAUUGCCUUGAAGCUGUGAGCUCAAAUUAUCCCAACGAAAAUAUUAAUUAAAAUUUGACAAGAACAUGGAACACCACGAUCACGAUCAUCAUGCUCAUCAUAUGCCGGAGGUGACCACAACAGGAAUAAGUGGUUCUCCCCUUAAUACACAGCAUCACCACGGUGGAGAUGAGGAUAUGGAAUGUCCCAUGCAGAUGAUUUUCCACCUCGGUCACUGUGAGGCAAUACUCUUCAAGUCGUGGACUGUUUCGGAAGUUGGUGGCUUUGUCGGGGCCGCAAUUCUCAUUUUUGUGGUGGCCGUCCUCUAUGAAGGUCUCAAGUAUUUACGCGAGAAACUCUACUAUGAUGCCCACCAGAUGGAAUUUUCGCAGCAAGACAAGGAGGGGAGCACACAGAAUUUGAGAAAUACAUCCAAACCCAUUCGGCAACAAAUCUUCAAUAAGGCGCACAUCAUUCAGACAUUCCUCCACCUGAUUCAGGUGUCCGUGUCCUAUGCUCUUAUGCUCAUUGUAAUGACAUACAAUGUGUGGCUGUUCUUAGCCGUAGUACUGGGGGCUUGUGCUGGAUAUCUCUUCUUUGGGUGGAUCCGCAACAGAUCUGUGGAUAUCACGGAACACUGCCACUAGAAGCGACAGAUCAUUUCCACUGUUCAAUUGAGAGAUUCGUCAAUGUGAAGCUACUACUAAAAGUUUCGUGGAGAACGAUACUCUGAAUAUUUUGUUACCCAUUCUGCUUGUCUGCCGGAACAAACAGCAGCAAAGCAGCCAUCGGUGGAUGAUGCAGGCGAUGGGGAACGAUGAACAGUGAGAAAUCCAGUUACAAACAUUUUAAUUGUCAUAUUUUUUACCAACAUCUUUUAUAAUGGUGCAAAGAAUUUUGAGUCUUUUUUUAUACCUUGAAUUCACAUCUCUUGUGGCAUUUUUUUGCAUAUAGAGAAAGCAAAAAAAAAAAAGAAAGAGCCAAUUAAUUGUGUAAAGAGACGGAAUGCGUCAAAAAUUGUUUAAUUUUAAUUUUUAGGAUUAAAAACAUGGAAAUAAUGAUUUGAGAUCAACGAUGAGAUUUUACUCCACUCUUACACAAAACAAAUGAAAAGAGUUUUAUUGAUUGCAAAAAGGCAUGUGCUGAAAAAAAUUUAAUUUUACCUUUAGUUGUUAGUGCGCGGGAACAAAAAAGUAUACAUACUAGGAAAAAAAAGAAGAAAAUGUGUUAAUGUCUUGUGCGAGAAAUUAUGUUGCAAUAUAAUUGGAGAAUGAAAAGAACGGCUUAAUGUUAAGACAGUUGUUAAGAAAUAAGAUUUAAAAAAAACUUGUAUAAAUAUUCAUUAAUUAAAAGUCAUUUCGUAUUA